GCGCCUUCAGUCGAGGCUAACUCUCCGGCGAGAGCGCAGUGAAAUCAUUUUUAAUCGCGUGUGUUUUUCGUGCGAGUUGUUUUUUGUGUUCUUUCUUUCGCUCAGUUGUGUUUAUGUGUUGAUCGGUUUCGCGUUCGCUUACUUCGAACGAUCCGUUCGUUCGUUGGCCAGAAUUUGUGCAGUGAUUGUUGCUGCUGAGGUUGCAUUUGUUUAUCAGCCGGUUUCGUGUAAUAUCACCACGGUUCGAGUGACAACAAAACAGCGUGGUGUACGUGGUGUGAAUUUCUAAUUAGAUGAAACGUUUGCAUUUUAUUGCACAUUUAGUGCACUAACCGCUAAGGUGCCGCAUUGUUAAUGUUCGUUUAAAGUUCGAUCGAGCGAUCAGAGUGCACUCACGGGAUCAAUGCGUUGUCCAGAUGUGAACUAAAUUUAACAGAAAUCUUGUGAAGGAGGAGUUUUUAUGCGUCUAGGCGCGCACCAGGAGAUUAUCGAUCGCACGUUGGCGGUUGAGAACAACACAGAGAGAUAAUGGAGGCAGGAAGAUGGGAUUGAGUUCGAGAGUGCGGAUGAUCAUAGUUGAAGGGCCAAUUUAAUGAGAUAAGUGUUAUCAAAGUGGUGAUCGAAUGAAAAAGCGAAUGAAUAUCAAUACAUAUCGCAAAGUUUAGCAUAUGAGAAGUUUGACGACUGCAAAAAAAAAACAAGUGCUUAGUUUUGCUGUUUACAUAAGAAAUCUAUUCGCAGCGUAUUCGCGCAGUGUUUAUACAACGCCAAGAGCCAAGUGUUUUGGAACCCAAACAAGCCGCCAUUCGAAGGAGUCGCGAUCGUGUGUUGCGGUAUCAGUUGCCAAGAAGAAGAGGAAAACAACGUAUAAAUACAUAAUAGCGGAGCAUAAAGCCUGUUUUCGCCUUAUUGUUAUCUUGGGCCGGAGAAGAUCAAGGGGAGCGAGAGCAGCAGCGAUUUAUAUGCAAAAGCAUAGCAUAACGAAUGUGAAGUGCCGAAUUCGCCGUGGUUUGUGGCGAUCGGUGAAAUAGUGGUUGCGGUGUGUCUUAGGGGGAUUUCGGGGGCGCGGAAUCGGCGAGACGGCGAAAAAAAAGUCUCCCCAAAGCAAUCGAACGAUACUGGCGAAGGACGUGACUAAACUUUAAAUAAACAAGCUCCGAGGAUUACUUCUUCGCAGGCAGACAAUUUUUGUCGCUCCGGGAUGUAAACUGUGGCGCGAGAGCGAAGGAGAAGUUGAAUGAUCAUUUUUGACACAACGAAUAAGACAAUCGGUUAACGCAAGAGCGGUCCCACGAGUGCGCAAUUACACGGACCGAAUCGGAAACCGAUCCUCCCACAGAGAGUUGGUCAACGUUGGGCCGGUAGCUCACAUUACCCGUCACAGCUCACAGCAUCCAUUCAAUCGCUCGGUCCCGUUUUGGGAGGGGAGGGCUAGAUGCUAGAUGAGCCCAAGAAACCAAAACAAAACCCAAAUAAUCGGACUUAUGUAGAGUGCGGUAAUAAACCCGGAAGAUAAUCGUUUAAUUUUCAAUUGGCCUGCUAUGAAGUGAAUCGUAAUAUUCAAGUGAAGUGUGGCGCUGGGCGAAAUAUUUCAUCCGAGCAAAUCGUGAGCCGCAGGUUCAGAAAAUUGAUGUGAUAAAUAACGGAGCAAGAAAGCGCCCGCUUUUGGCACAACUGCUGCAGACACCGAAGAUAGGCGCCAAAAGGUGUGUUCUGGUUUCGAGUCGAGUCGCGAGUGCAGAAAAUAAAAUUGGUCGUGUGAGUUAUGGUUACAAAUUAUAAAUAAAGGAUAAAUUGAGGUGUAAUAAAGUAAUAAUAAUAUUUUUUACGAUCGGCUGUUUUGAGUCUGGCGGAAGGGAUAUAUUGUGCGUAGUUAUUGUCCCUUAGCUGACCAUGUACUGAAUGUUGCCUCAAUUGGCAAAUCAAAUUCAAGGGACACACAUGGAGUUCAUCGGAGAUAUGGAUCCAUCGACUGAAAGGAUGCCAGCCCAGUAUCGGCCACACCGCGGUCGGUCGCCUUUUUUCUGGCAAAUGGCCAUCGUUUGCUUAAUGUUCGUGGUUUCCAUGGCGCGGAGCGUCACCGCCGAGAACGACUUCAGAUAUAUCUCUUAUCAAGAUCUGCUGCCGACGUCGGAUCGCUUCACGGAUGCCAACGUUACGUCAUUUUCCCGGCUGCUGUUCGAUGUGGCGCGUGAUCAAGUAAUCGUCGGUGCAAGGGACAACUUGUAUCGCCUCUCACUGCAUCUGGAUGUGCGCGAGAAGAUGCCCUGGGAGGUGACACCCUCGAUGCGCAAUACCUGUCUGGAUAAAGGCCAGAGCGAGGAGGCCUGCCGGAACCAUAUAAUGGUUCUCGAGAGCUUCGGAAACAAGGUGUACACCUGCGGAACGUAUGCCUUCAGUCCGUACUGCUCGUGGCGACAGAUGGAGAACUUGACGGUAACCCGGUUCGACACCGGGGUCGCCAAGUGUCCGUUCAGUCCGUACGCGAACAACACCGCACAUAUGUCCUCCAAUGGAAAGCUGUUCGUCGGUACUACGACCGAUUUCUCCGGAUCGGACCCAACCAUCAUCCGGGCGGAUGUAACCGAGGAAAGCACCCGGAUGCUACGGACGAAACAGUACAAUUCAAAGUGGCUCAACGAUCCACAGUUUGUGGGAAGCUUCGAAAAUGGGGAUUUUGUGUAUUUUGUCUUCCGGGAGGCUGCCGUCGAGUAUAUGAACUGCGGAAAAAGUGUGUAUUCCAGGAUUGCAAGAAUUUGCAAAAAUGACCCAGGCGGCACCCAAAUACUGAAGGACAACUGGACAUCGUUCGUGAAGGCGCGCCUGAAUUGUUCGCUCCCUGGAGACUAUCCGUUUUAUUUCAACGAGAUACAGGGAAUGGUCUAUUCGCAGGAGGAAGGUGUUCUCUACGCCACGUUCACCACUCCAGAGAAUAGCAUCCACGGCUCAGCCAUCUGCGCCUACAACAUGUCCGCCAUUCAGUCGGCCUUCGCGGGAGCCUUCAAACACCAGGAAUCGCAAGGUUCAGCCUGGCAUAGGCAAGACGUUCAACAUCGCGAUCACUACGAGUGUCUCGCCGGUCCUACAGCCCGUCACAUAUCGCUUAUAGAUUCUUCCAAAUAUCAGCUCAUGGAUCAGGCAGUACAACCCAUCACCGGACAGCCGCUGCAUCACACCAUCCUGGAACGGUUCAGUCACAUCGCGAUCGAUAUCAUUCCUACGAAGCUGCACGAACGGGUGCUCAUCAUCUACGCAGCCACGGACUCGGGCCACAUCAAAAAGAUAUCGGUUUUGCCACGCACUAAAAGCACCUGUGUGGUUGAAAUCUGGAGACCGGAGCAGACUGCCGACUCGAAGAUCCGCACCAUUCAAUACGUAAAGGAAACCGAUUCGCUGUAUGUGGGCUCGGAUACGGCACUGAGUCGCAUUUCAUCACAUCACUGCAAUCGGCACCUCUCGAAGGUAAGCUGCCUGAACUCAAUGGAUCCCUACUGUGGCUGGAACGAGCUGCAGGAGGCUUGCACGAUUGCUCCCAAUGGGGACACUCUAGCGAAAUAUUGGAUACAAAACGCUACGGAAUGUCCCGUACUUACCGCUCCGGUGGAUGGCGGGUGGUCUGCGUGGUCCGAGUGGAAUAAAUGUGCCCAAUUCAAUGGACAGAUUCAGCCGUCGGUGGGCAAUGAUGACUUUGGAGCGAAUACCGACUCCUGUCUGUGUCGAACGCGAUCGUGCGAUAAUCCUUCUCCGAAGAAUGGCGGACGACAGUGCACUGGAAUGAGUAUAGCUGUAACCAACUGCACAGUACAUGGUGGGUGGACAGAUUGGAGCGCUUGGUCUGCGUGUUCGCAGACCUGCGGUAUGGCGGUGAAAACGAGAAGAAGAACCUGCGGUAAUCCAAAGCCGGCCCACGGAGGACGAGUUUGUGUUGGACCGGACCGAGCGGAAAUCUACUGCUCACAUCUACCACCCUGUCCAGCCCCAAAGCAACCACCAAUCGAUGGGGGCUGGGGUCCUUGGGGAGUAUGGGGAGAAUGCACUGCUCCUUGCGGCGGAGGUUAUCGCAUUCGAAGGAGAAAAUGUGACGACCCGAUACCCCAGAACGGAGGUAUGGAAUGUCCCGGAUGUCAUCUGGAUUAUGAAGUUUGCAACACCCACCAGUGCGCAGACGUGAAGCGAGCCGGAGCGUGGACUCCCUGGCUGACGGUGGCGAAUGGGACUCUCCCGAACGGGGGAUACAUAGAGAAACGAUUCAGGUACACCUGCAAAGCACCUAUCGCGGAUUCGGCACUGCUGAAGAUCACACCCAAGGAGGAGACACGAGUUUGUCACGCCGAUGGUUCCUGUCAGAGAUCAAGUGACUCGGCACACUCUGGAGGAGGCGCAGAAAUAGAGGACGGUUGGAGUGAGUGGGGAUCAUGGAGCAGUUGCAGUGCUUCCUGCGGUGGAGGGCAGCAAUUCCGGACUCGGUCGUGCGAGAAAGGCGAUUGUGAUGGGGUUAACAAGAUGGCGCGUGCCUGCAACACACAGCCUUGUAAAGGUGAAUGGGGAUGUUGGAGUGACUGGUCAUUGUGUUCCGUGUCCUGUGGAUUGGGCACGAGGACACGCUCACGCCAAUGCCUGUCGAUGUCGGGCAAUGUGAUCUUCGGGAACGAUUGCGAGGGUCAGAGUACACAGUAUGACACUUGUGAAAUGCCCAGCUGCGAUUCUUUCCUUGGCUGGGGUGUAUGGAGUGAAUGGUCUCAGUGCAACACGGAUGGCGAGAAAGUGCGCACAAGGAAGUGUCUGAUUCCGACACCCGAUCAAAAAAUGUGUCAAGGCAGCGAUCGCGAGAUUCGCGUUUGCUACGUGGAAAUGAGUAACGAAAUUCCUCACGCCUUGACUGCAGGAGCUUCUUCAGUGGCAGCAAUCGUCGUUGGAGUUGUACUACUCAUCAUUAUAUGUUGCGUCGGAAGUGUCUUCACUACGAUCUACAUUAUAAAGAAAAAGACUAAAGGCAUCAAGGCCAUUCAAGGUUCACCGUGCUAUGGAUCGUACCCGAACCAGUACUCCUCUCUGCCGACUAAAGACUACACAGAGGGCGGCCAGAAACCGAAGCGCCAGUCGUCAUUCAACGGACGGAACGAUGCCAGCGGGUCGAAGAUCCCCAACGGCCACACGACGCUCACCAAAUCAAACAACGUCAACGGAGCGGUAGGAAACAACACCCCAAAAGUGUUGGCUAAAUCCUUCAACGACUCCGACACUGCCACCAUCAAGCGGAACACCCACGGACUGAACAACAUUCGCCACGCCAGACAGCUGGAACUCGAGGAGGAAAAGUAUUGAUCCCGGCUAAAAGGUUACUAGUGUUGUGAGUGACGUUAUGGGCAGGACUCGUGUAAAAUUCGUUGAUUUUCUUGUGUUCGUUCUUUUGUGGUAAUCGUAUGUCAGCGUUUAUGAACUGUGAUCUCAACGGCAUGGAAUACGAGAAAAAAGAGCAAUAGCAUUUCCAUAAAAUCAUACAGAAUUCAGAGAAUAUCAGAGAAUUUAAUGUAUAAUAAUUGUAGGCUCACAAGUCAAUGUUUUGUUCAUUUCUCGAAGGGUUUUGUAUCGGGAACGGAUAGCUUCACAAAUCUUCAAUAUCCUGUAUAUUUGCGUAUUUUCGUUUCAGUUAAAUCAAGACACCGAGCAUUCGUUCUCAUCCAGUCGUUUGUCCUUAGCAAAGACACAACUAGUUUCAUUGCAUUGGAAACGAACCUCAACAUUAUGUACUAUUCAUACACUGUGAAUGUGAAAAUACGAAAACAACAGCAGCAAUCGAUAAGCGGUAAUUAGUGCUGAAAGGCUGAUGAUUUUAGAUUUAGUAUUGCUUAUUGGUAGAUUAUUUUACAUCGAAAGUCAGCGGCGUCUUUUAAAAACAACAUAUUAGAACACAGCAAACGCUUCAACUCAUUAAGCAUAAUCAACAAUCGAGGGGCUACAAAUUUUUAACCAAAUGAACGCAAAUUACUUUUAUAACACGACCACAUGGGGAAACCAAUAACGGAGGUGAUGAAGCUGCUACUUACUAUAUAGUUCGAAUUUGUUAGCUGAUAUAGUAUAACAAUAAUAUACGAGAAAAGUAGUGCAUUAAAUUCAAACUCGUGUGCCAUUGAAAGGUGAAUUAGUGUGAGCAGAACAAAAAUUAACAAAAGACAUUUUUAAAUAUUUUAUACAUUUAUCGUUGAACGAACUGUUUCAUUCUUGAUAACAUCGAAAACAUUUUGAACAUUUUAAUCAUUUAGUUUUAGGAGCAAGAAGUAAAAUCUCCGAUUUUACUGGUGAUAAAAGUAGCUCAUGUUGAGCGGUUAUUUUAAAGAUUCAGCCUGUGACAAGAUGUUAGUUUUAAGACGACAUAUUCUAGCAUAGAUGCAAACAAUAAGACUUGGAUACAACAACAACAAAAAGACAUUCUCUCCUGUUCUUAACUUUUUAUUGAAGUGACUUCUGUGGAUUAGUGAUGAUUUAUAAAAUGUUACGUUAAUUGUAAA